AUGGCCGCCCAUGGCUUUGCUUAUGAACAUCUCCGUCAUGUGGAUGCCCACAAACUCCUCGAACAUCUCGGCGAUUUCAGUUUAUACGAGAUGACCAACUUUUGUAUUGUCCAAACAUUCAAUUUCUACUACGCUGCAGCAUUAUUUGUAAUGUCAUUCAUCGAGGAAGACCCUCAUCUUCUGUGUAUUCCCCAUAAUUCUUCUAUUAAAGUGCAAAAAGAUCAGUGUACUUUGAAUAUAAAUGGUGGUAUGUUACAGUAAUCUUUGUAUUUUUUGUUUUAGUAACUGAAAGGUGCGAUUACUCUGACAAAGCGACGUUAUAUGUGGUGAAUAAAGGCCCUGUUGACAGUAUUUUUCCAUCGGUAAGGAAUUGAUUCUUUUACGGAACUAGUUUGUUAUACUAGGUGAUCUAAUUUUUGUUAAAAAUCUGCUUUAAUCUUGCAUUUUCUUUUUCAGUUUGGCCUCUUGUGCAGCAAUGGACUAGUCAAAGAGUUUGGGCUUACUUUCUUUACGAUCGGCAAGUUUUUUGGCACCUUGUUUAUAUAAAUUCAUAUUAUCCAUCAUCAAAUAUUACCCGAGUUCAUUUCCAGGCGCCUUUACUAUGGUCCCUUUCCUCUCCGCGGCUUCAGACCGCUUUGGUCGAAAGACUGUAGUGUUAAUUUGCAUCAGUGUCAGCGCUUUCGCCAACCUCCUUGUCUAUAUUGUGAACGAUGCCUACACCUUUUGGAUCCUUCGGUUCAUCAUCGGCGCCUCUUCUGAUGGGUAUAUGACGAUCUCUGGGAUUCAGUCCUCCGAACUUGUCGCUCAAGAUGUGAGGGAUUGGUAUGGUCUGAUGUAUAACAUCUACUGGACUGCAGGAUUGCUGUAUACGGCAUUACUUUCGUUGGUUGUGAGAGAUUGGAGGGUGUUUUAUCUGCUGGCUUCUUUGCCUGCGGUCUUUAUCUUUCCACUAUACGCAAUGUAAGUAUUUUUAGAACAUUUUAAAUUAAUUUUAAAAAAAUCUUGUUUUCGCUUUGGGACUCAAAACUUUUUCGGGUACCGCAACAAAAACAUGACUUCCACAAAAAUUAAUGCGCAUUGCUCUAGAUGGCUCCCAGAAACGCCCCAUUGGCUCGUGGAACAUCGAAAACUCCAUCAAUUGGGCGAUUAUAUCAGAGCUAG